CGAAAGCAUCGGAUUAGAGAAGAAGAAGAAGAAGAAGAAGAAGAAGAAGAUUCUCAGGACAGCUCCACUCUCGACUAAUUUGGACAGUAUAUGGCCACCGAUCUCCUCUACUUCAAUCUCUUUCCUGUUAUCACUUCUUCACUCCACUCCCCGCUUCUUCCGUUUUACUAUUCGAUCGAUCUUUCUUCAAAUCAGAUUUCUUUGAAGCUUUGAAAGCUAUGGGUGAUGCAAUUGAUUUGAGUGGAGACGGUGGCGUCUUGAAAGAGAUUGUAAGGAGAGCCAAACCUGAUGCUAUUUCACCUUCUGAUGAUCUUCCUGUUGUCGAUGUUCACUAUGAGGGUAUAUUUGCUGAAGACGAAAAGGUCUUUGACACUACACGCGAAGACAAUCUUGUUUUCUCCUUUGAGUUAGGAACAGGCAGUGUUAUCAGAUCUUGGGACAUUGCUCUUAAAACCAUGAAGGUUGGAGAAGUUGCAAAAAUCACAUGUAAGCCAGAGUAUGCUUACGGAAGAGCAGGGUCUCCUCCUGAUAUCCCACCUGAUGCAACUUUGAUUUUCGAAGUGGAAUUGGUUGCUUGUAGACCGAGGAAAGGUGCUAGUGUUGGCAGUGUUUCUGAGGAGAGAGCCAGACUAGAAGAUCUGAAGAAGCAGAGGGAGAUUGCUGCAGCUGCUAAAGAGGAUGAUAAGAAAAAGAGAGAAGAAGCAAAAGCUGCAGCAGCUGCUAGGAUUCAAGCUAAGCUAGACGCUAAGAAAGGUCAAGGCAAAGGAAAAGGCAAAGGCAAAGCUAAAUAAUGUGAUAGCAAAAUAAAAAAAAGGACAAGUGAAUGUAUUUCUUGGAUACCAUUUCGUGAUUUAGCUUUGGACUUAAUCAAACUGUUUUAAAAAAGGCAGAGUCAUCAUCAAUCA